ACAAAAAAAAAAAGAAUAGAAAAUAUUUGCAACCAUUGCGAGGGAGAUGAAGAACUGGUGGUGGUUGUGACAGCAUCGCCAUAUCCACAUCAUCAGUUUCAUCCUUUGAUGGAAUCUCUUUCUUUUUCUUUCACCCAUUACACAGUUAAACUAUGGGUCUCUGUUUCCGUUUUAGACUAAACACAAAACUCCACUCUCCUCAUUUCUUCACCAGUUCUACUAUUUUCCUCUCUUCUUCAUCUUCUGCUGGAGGCAGGGAAGUUUUUUUCAACCCUACAAGGCUAUCUUUGCUUUCAACAGUUUAUGAGGAAGGAGAAACUUUGCAGAAGGAUUUUGGAAAGACAUUUGCAUUUUCGUCAUCAGCAUUGGAAGUUCCAGAAAUGGAUUUAUUGCAAGGAGAAGUAACAAAGGUAAAUAAAGGAAAGAGGUCACUUAGUAGUGUGCAUGAAAUAAUUGAUAACACGCAAUUACCUUUUGGGGAGCCACAUUUUGGUUUGUUAAUGGAGAACCUUGGCAUUUUAGAAGAAACUUUUGCUGAUUCUGAAGCAAUGAGGUUGGAAAAGGACAUUGUAUUGAAACUAGAAAAGCUGGGAGCUCUUGAGUUGUUCAAUGUUUGUCUAACAAGAUCUUUUGGAACCUCAACCGAAUCGAACUGCACCGAUGUAGUUCUUGAACAUGUCAAAGAGAAAAAGAGAAACUUCAAAGUAGAUAACUAUACGGGUAAAGUUGUUGUCCAGUCUAAGAGAAAGGAAAAUAGAACAAGAAGAAAGCAAGCAUCGGUUGCCAUAACAACUUCCUUUCAGUCGUUGCCUUUAGAAGAUAAUAAUCAAGAAGGUCCAUUACGUUUGCCGGCUUCUUUAGUAAAAAGAGUAUCAAAUACUAACAAUAGAAGAGCAGUGAUUGCUCAAAGGGAGGUGGAAAUGUCAAAAGGUGUAAAGGUUCUAGCAGAGUUAGAGAAAAUGAAAACAGCUAUAGAAGAGGAUACCAAGCAAGCGGUAAGCUUGAGUAGCUGGGCAGAAGCAUCUGGAGUUGAUGAGAAUGUGCUGCAACGGCAACUAUAUCAUGGCUAUUACUGUCGAGAUGAAUUGAUACGGAGUACUCGUUCGUUAGUUCUAUACUUUGCCAGAAAAUACAGGGGUAUGGGAAUAGCUUUGGAAGAUUUGCUUCAGGUAGGAUAUAUAGGCGUUCUCCAAGGAGCCGAGCGAUUUGACAGUACAAGGGGAUACCGAUUCUCAACCUAUGUGCAGUACUGGAUAAGGAAAUCAAUGUCAAGAAUGGUGGCACGAUAUGCUCGAGGAAUCACUAUUCCUUGGUCAAUGAACAAGGCAAUAAGUCAGAUACAAAAAGCACGAAAACUCUUGAAAAGUACGUCCAUGAAAUACCCGGACGAUCAUGAAAUUGCAAAGAUGACAGGUCUUUCACUGGAUAGAAUCAGAUCAGCUAGCCAUUGUAUGAGAAUAGUUUCUUCAAUGAAUCAGAAAAUGGGGGAUCGUGGUAUAGAAUACAUGGGUUAUAUGGCCGAUAUGUCAAUAGAGAGUCCUGAAGAGACUGUCAUGAAACAGCACAUUAGAAAAGACAUACAUGAUAUCCUCCAAAGCUUGGAUUCAAGGGAAAGGCAAAUACUCAUCCUACGCUUUGGCCUUAAUGAUCACCAACCCAAGUCUCUUGAAUAUAUAGGGAAGAUUUACAAAGUCAGCAAAGAGUGGAUAAGGAAAAUAGAGAAAAAAGCUCUCACAAAACUACGGAACGAAGCGAACACCUCAAAGUUGAACUAUUAUUUGGAUCUGUAGUUUAUCAUUGAUUUUUUUGGUAAGCUUCAAUGGCAUGUAUUUUCAUCUGUAUAUGAGGGAUGUGUACAAAUUCUUAAUCCAAAUUUGAUUGAAUUGAAUGCAUUGUGUAUCAAAUAAAGUUCUUUUUAUUGUUUUCUA